AUGAACCCCAUCUCCGCCAACACCUACACUCCCACCGAGGAGGCCGAGAUCCAGCAAUGGCUCACCACCGCCACUCGCGUCGAGGAGCAGUCCAAGACGCCCGCUCCUGAUUCCGCUCAGCUGAGCCCCAUCCUCGAGACCCUCAACACGCACCUCAGCACUCGCACCACCCUCCUUGGCAGCAAGCCCAGCCGCGCCGACACGGCCCUCUACACCGCCGUGCGGCCUCUCGUCGCCGCCUGGUCCGCCGACGAGCGCACCGGCGAGAAGGGCUACCCCCACAUCGUCCGCCACCUCGACUUUGUGCAGAACUCGGGCGCCUUUGAGCUCUCUGUCACCGACACCGACAAGGUCGCCGUCGACCUCGACGACGUCCGCUACGUCAAGCCCCCCGUCGACGCCAAGGCCGAGAAGGAGCGCAUCAAGAAGGAGAAGGCUGCCGCCGCCGCCGCUGCUGCCGCUGGUGGUGCCGGUGCCGGUGCCGCCGCCGGGACCGCUCCUGCUGCUGCGCCCGCCGGCGACGCCAAGAAGGACGCCACUCUCGUCGACCGCACCAAGGAGAAGGCCGCCGAGGUCAAGGACAAGGUCAAGGCGGCCGUCGGCGCCGGUGACGCCAAGCCCAAGAAGGAGAAGAAGGAAAAGGCCCCCAAGGCGCCCAAGGCGCCCGCCGCCGCGGCGCCCCUGUCGCCCUCGCUCAUCGACCUUCGCGUCGGCCACAUUCUCAAGGCCAUCAAGCACCCCGAGGCCGACUCGCUCUUCGUCUCGACCAUUGCCAUGGGCGACCCUGCCGGCGAGGACACGACCGAAUUCGAGGGCCAGAUCUGCCGCACCGUCUGCUCGGGCCUCAACGGCCUCAUCCCCCUCGAGGAGAUGCAGGGCCGCAAGGUCGUCGUCGUCUGCAACCUCAAGCCCGUCAAGAUGCGCGGCAUCAAGUCCUCGGCCAUGGUCCUCGCCGCCUCGCCCCGCCUCAAGGAGGGCGAGGUUGACGAUCACAAGGGCCCGGUCGAGCUCGUCGCCCCGCCCGCCGACGCCAAGGCCGGCGACCGCGUCUUCUUCGAGGGCUGGAAGGGCGAGCCCGAGGGCGUGCUGAACCCCAAGAAGAAGGUCUGGGAGACCAUCCAGCCCGGCUUCACGACAACGGCCGGCCUCGAGGUCGCCUUUGACGCCGCCGCCGUCAAGGAGCUCGGCAAAGAGGGAACCGGCAAGCUCGUCACCGAGGCCGGCGGUGUCUGCACGGUCCAGACCCUGACUGGAGCCACUGUGCGGUAA